UGGCUUUUUCUGCACUCUCGCAUCUUUUCCUCUUUGCCCAGUUCAGGAUUGUGACCCAAAUGAUUCGUAAUAUAUGUGCAUAUAUCCAUUAAGUUUAUUAUUUAGGGGAUUUUCAUGAUCAUAAUUGAUAUGCGUCGGUUGGAAAUUUCUAUAUUUAUUUUGGGUGUAGAAAGCUAAUUGCUUUAUAAAUCAGUCUCUUUGCUGCUAAAUCUUGUAGUUUGUGCAGCAUGUAUCUUCUUCGGCUGAUCCCAACUUAUUUUGGAUUAGUUUAUUGUGUGAUAAAUUCCGCAAUUUUAGGCUAGUGAGGGAGGAUUUAUGAUAAAAAUGAAAGAUUAUUGAGUAAGGGAUUAUUCAUCGUUAACAUAAUGAGGAUAGCUUCAACAGAAAAUAAAUAAAAAUUAUCAGAAGAGAUUGUUGAGGUGAGAUUUCAUUAGUGGAAAUUCACCAAAUGACCCGGGCAAUACCGUAUGAUUCCCUCCAUCCGCGCUAGACUAGGGUCCAGUUCUCUUAGUAGAUAGGCCUACCAAUGGUUUAUUUUAAGAUUAGGUUAUUUGUCUUUUAAGCUAAUUCUACCUUGUUUCAAUAUUGUAUUUGAUUUCAUAGAGACACCAUGUUUGUGAAUUUUACACUAGUUCAUGUCAUGUAAUGCUGAUUAUACUUCUAUUUUCCUAUCUCUCAUCUGGACCCAGUUUUGACCCAAUCUUCUCCUUGAAUGAGAAUUUAAUCUUUUGUUAGUUGGAAAAUGGCAAAGAAAGGAAGCUCAAAGUUGAAUAUUGCUAUUAUUCAUCCCGAUCUGGGUAUAGGUGGAGCUGAAAGACUAAUUGUUGAUGCGGCUGUGGAACUCGCAUCCCAUGGGCAUAACGUUCAUGUUUUCACAGCGCACCAUGACAAAAAUCGAUGUUUUGAGGAGACUAUUUCUGGUGUGCCUUUUUGGUACCUUUCCUGUGACUGUAUAUGGUGCUUUCCUACCCCGACAUAUAUUCUAUCAUCUUCAUGCUUUGUGUGCAUAUCUGCGGUGCCUUUUUGUUGCUCUGUGUAUGCUAGUCAUGUGGCCAUCAUUUGAUGUGAUACUAGCAGAUCAGGUUUCUAUUGUCAUCCCAUUGCUGAAGCUGAAGAAGUCAACAAAGGUUCUGUUUUAUUGUCAUUUUCCAGAUUUAUUGCUGGCUCAACAUACAACUAUUCUAAGGAGGAUAUAUAGAAAACCAAUAGACUUCAUAGAAGAAAUGACAACUGGAAUUGCAGAUAAGAUUCUUGUUAAUAGCAAAUUUACAGAAUCUAUGUUUGCAAAGACCUUCAAGCGUCUUGAUGCACGAGGAGUUCGGCCAGCUGUUCUUUACCCAGCUGUCAAUGUGAAUCAGUUUGAUGAACCCACCAAUUCUUACAAGUUGAAUUUUCUGUCCAUCAACCGUUUUGAGAAGAAAAAGAAUAUAGACUUGGCAAUUUUAGCCUUCUCUAUGCUUCACACCCUUGGAGGAGAUGUGCUUCAAGACCUUAAUCUGGCUGAAGCUUCCUUGACAAUUGCAGGUGGUUUUGAUAAGCGCUUGAAGGAAAAUGUUGAGUACUUGGAGGAGCUCAGAAGUUUAGUGGAAAGGGAAGGAGUAUCUAGUCAGGUUAACUUCAUCACAUCCUGCUCGACAGCUGAAAGAAAUGCACUUCUCUCCCAAUGCCUAUGUGUUCUUUAUACGCCAAAGGAUGAACACUUUGGCAUUGUUCCUCUGGAAGCGAUGGCGGCUCACAAACCUGUUAUUGCAUGCAAUAGUGGGGGACCCGUAGAGACAGUUAAGAAUGGCGUAACAGGAUUUCUUUGUGAGGGUAACUCAAGAGAAUUCUCCUUGGCUAUGGCUAAACUCAUUCAAGACCCACAGAUGGCACAGAGAAUGGGUACGGAAGCUCGAAAGCAUGUCACGGAGUCGUUCUCUACAAAAAUAUUUGGUCAGAAUUUGAAUCAAUACCUUGUUGAUGUUGCUCAGACAAAGAGAGACUGAGAAUGAAUUAACAUAGCAGGAUACGCGAAUGUUUUGUUUUCUCUUGUUUAUACAACACUCCACUGGUGUGUCUUCUUUUUGAUUUCUUCGACUUACCAUCCAUACAUCCAUAACUAGUUGUUCAUUUAGUGAUUCAGAGAGCAAACAUAGUUUUCUGGCUUAACAUACAA